AUGGCUUCAUCGACACCAACUGCCAAGGUCGAGCCUGAGGACUCCAAGUCCUUCUCCUAUGAAGGGCAGCAUGAAGAGUAUUCUUGGCUCGAAAAUGCCAUAUCUAGUGCCAUUCGGUUCAUCAUGAACCUCUUUCGCCCAGUAGCACCUCAGCUGAUUCCAUUAUUCGUAUGUCUUGCGUUAAUUCCAGUUAUCAUACUUUUCUCCCUUUUUUCUGGCUGGUACGUUUGGAAGAAUGUCGCUGUAGGUUGGGAGUCUCCUCUGUAUCUGCAAUAUGGCGAUGGUACUUCGCCGUAUGCUGAGAUAUCGUUACCAUCUCUGGUACCUAGCCAACUCUAUGAUAUCUCCAUGCACCUCGUUAUACCAGCAUCAGAGGCAAAUUUUGCCCUAGGGAACUUCAUGACUACUUUGACGCUCUCGACGUCUUCUAAUAGAACCUUGACAUCAAUUAGGAAGCCAGCUAUAGUUCUACCACCUACAAAAAGCCGAGUAUGGUCGUCGCCCAAAUUAGUCAACCUUGACAUUCUCUUCCUUGAGUCGCACGCACCCGGCGCGUCUCGCGUUAUCGCCAGAGUGGAAUUGGGGCGCAGGGAUGGAUGGAGGGCCCUUGGUAAUGGUGAAGGGCGAGAGUUAAGUGUUUUUUCUGCAUUCCUGAGAGGGGCCGUCAAGCACCACGGAAUUCGGGGGCUUGUGACACGCUUCCCAGUCACUUUUGCUAUUGUAUCAUCUGCCACUUUUCUCGUGAUAUCUCUUCUUGUGCUUGCGUCAUGCAUACUUCCCGCAAUUCAGUGGCGCUUCGCAAGUGAGGACGACGGAUCUGGUGAGCUGACCGAAGAAACCGCCAAAGAGCGCAUAUAUCGCAAGAGGCGGCAAAGGAGAAAGUUAUCCCCAAAGAAUGAAACCGAUUCGCCAAGCGAAUACAAAACAGAGGAUGUACCGAUUGAUAUGCCUCCUGUGGUUACGUUCUCUGAACAACCAUUGCGCCGGCGUCGCUCAAGAGCCUCAAAUGUUUUAUACGAUUCUGAACCUUAA